AAAAAAAAAACUUUAUUUUUAUUUUAUCUUUUUUUUUUUCCAAAGUAUCCAUAGCUCAGUAGACACAGGUGCAAUGUAUAGAAACAGGGAGAGAUAUAAUCACCUAAGGUGAUUCAAGGAAAUUCUUCUACAUUUAAUAAUCGCUUGAUUUUCUCUUGAAGGACAUACAAUGUUGUUACAUGGAAUUUUCAGAUAUUAUCUGCUUGAUUUUGCUUUAAGCCAUGAAGACAGAAAAUCAAAGUUUUGGAGCAGAGUUUAUACUUCUUGGCCUUUUCCAAUAUGGCCAAAUGAACACUAUCCUCUUUGUUGCCAUUGCCGUCAUCUUCUCAGUGGCUCUGAUAGGGAAUAUCAUACUGAUCCACCUUAUCCGAUUGGACACCCGACUCCAUACUCCCAUGUACUUUCUCCUCAGUCAGCUCUCCUUCAUUGACAUGAUGUACAUCUCCACCACGGUACCCAAGUUGGCAGCAAACUUCCUGUCGAAUAGUAAGACCAUUACUUUUUUAGGUUGUGAGAUUCAAACCUUUGUGUUUUCGGCCCUUGGUACCACUGAAGCCCUUCUACUUGGUUUUAUGUCUUAUGAUCGAUAUGUAGCCAUCUGUCACCCUCUACAUUAUCCUAUGCUCAUGAACAAGACAAUCUGUUUGUCCACAGUCACAUGUGCAUGGGCCAGUAGCUCUAUCAAUGCUUUAAUACAUACACUGUAUGUGUUUCAACUCCCAUUCUGUAAGUCUCGGCUUAUUAACCAUUUUUUCUGUGAAGUUCCAUCUCUAUUGCCUUUGGUGUGUCAGGACACCUCCAAGUAUGAGUAUACCAUCCUCUUAAGUGGUCUUAUCAUUCUGCUACUACCAUUCAUGGGCGUUCUGGCUUCCUACCCCCGGAUGCUUAUUGUGGUGUACCAGAUGAGCUCAGGUAAAGGGCAGACAAAAGCGGUCUCCACGUGUUCCUCUCACCUGAUUGUGGCAAGCCUAUUCUAUGGGACCGCUCUCUCCACCUAUACAAGACCACACGCCUUGCAUGACCCUGAGGAAGAUAAAGUGGUGGUGGGGUUUUACAGCAUUAUUACACCUCUUCUGAACCCAUUUAUCUACAGUCUGAGGAAUAAGGAAGUCAUGGGGGCCAUGAGGAGACUGCUGGGAUAGUAGAUAUUUGUACAGAAAAUGUGAGUUUGGGAAUCCUUUAUAGUUUGAAAUUGAACAACUUGUCUUGACUAGCCUACUAUCUGGAGAGGCAUAAGUUCCAGGAAAUGUUUACUAAAUAAAUAAAUGGAUGAAUGCCUUGAUUUCUCCUCUUUUCAGAAAUAACUAAAACAGUGUUAUUGGAACUGGAUCAAUUUGCAGUGUGAAAGCUAGAGAAUGGUUGCCGUUAUCAACUUUGCUUAUCUUCUGAAGCAAAAUCCCUGUCAACGUAAUGCUCCCAUGUCAUAAAAAAUAUUUUAUAAUACCUUCUUUAAUAUUCUGAAAUAAGAUGUAGAGAAAAUAUAAUUUAUUACAUAACACAUAA